CUUACCUCCUGUGUCCUGCUACCAUCUCUCUUUUCUGUGAGAGUCUGAUUUGCCUCGUGUGCACAUUGUAUCAUGAUGCAAGCGGACGGGCUGCGGAGAAUACUUGUACUCCUGAGUCUGGCUUCAGGAUGGACGGCGGCGCAGGAGACCAACUACACCAGGCCUGUGUUCUACUGUGGAGGAGACCUGGUUGCAGAUUCAGGCUUCGUAGGCAGUGAGGGGUUCCCAAAUUUCUACAAACCCAACAGCAGAUGCACGUGGCGUAUCACUGUCCCGGAGGGAAACGUGGUCUUACUCUCCUUCCGCAUUUUUGACCUUGAGGCUGACUCACAAUGCCGCUAUGACUAUCUGGAUGCUUACAAUGGCCUUUCCAACUCGGUGCAAAAACUAGGUCGCUUUUGUGGAACUUUCCGACCCGGCAACCUUAUUUCCACCACAAACACCAUGAUGCUGGAGAUGGGGAGUGAUGAAGGAACGCAGGGCAGAGGAUUUGUGGCCUAUUUCAGCGGAACCAAACCCUACACCAGCGAUGAAGCGUUCUGUGGGGGAAAGUUGACAAAAGCUCAGGGAGAGAUGAAGACGCCCAACUGGCCUGACAAGAAAUACCCACCUGGAACGAGCUGCUCCUGGCUCAUCACGGUGGAGCCCGAUAUGGUUAUCCAAGUAAAGUUCGACAAGUUUGUGCUGGAGGCCGACACCUACUGUCGGUUUGACUAUGUGGCUUUCUAUAACGGUGGAGAGAGAGAGGAUUCCAGCCUGAUUGGAAAAUACUGUGGCGAUCAGAACCCACAACCCAUUAUCAGCACCAGCAAUGUGCUGCUGGUCCAGUUUGUGUCUGACCUCAGUGUGAUGUCCGAUGGAUUCUUCGCCUACUAUACCAGCAUCCCCCGUGGUUCUCAGGCACCAACAGUCAUCGCAGGACCUGGUGGGAGAUACGUCCCCUUGGAGCCUGCGGUGAAACCUGCAGUCAAACCUGCGGUCAAACCUGUUGCCACCGCGCGGCCACCCUCCCGCCCCGCUGUCAAAAAGGUGCCAGCUCCUCCUCCAAAUCCCAAACCCGUCAAGCCCACGAGAACCCGUGUUACUCAAGGCUCUGCAGGACAGGACAGGAGGGUGGCAGCCCCAAAACCAAAUGGAAAGAGGCCUGUUGCUCAAAAUCCACUGUGCGCCAAAGCCUGCAAAAGAGAUGGAACCAUCAAGACCAGUUACUGCUCCAGUGAAUUCGCGAUUACCGGCAAGGUCACCUCUCUGAGCCCUGGACCUCAAGGCACCCUUCAAAUCACCGUCUCCCUCAUUAAGGCCUACAAGGCCGGACGGCUGACUAUCACACAGGUCGGAGAGACCAUGGCUGUGAAGCUGGUGUCACAGUGCAAGAAGUGUCCGUUGUUCCGCAGAGGUGGGAACUACAUCAUCAUGGGUCAAGUGAACGAGGACGGUCGAGGUACCUUGCAACCUGGUGCUUUCACGGCGCCAUACAAACCCGCACACCAAAAAUUAUUGAUGAACAUUACCAAACAGCCUUGUUAAACCUCAUACAUCUGUCCAGGCCUGGACACCAAGAGACAUAUCACUCAAGUGCAGGCAUUUCAAUGUGAACUGUGGAUCUAUUAAAGCACAAUAUGACAGUCAAAUAUAGCUCCAGUUUUAUACACACAUUCCAAUGAAUAACUUUUUUUUUUAACCCAAACACAUUCCAAACCUUAUGUUUGUAAUUUAUAUAUGAAUAAAGGUUUUAUAUCUCUGAAAAA